UAAAAGCCAGUUGACGUAGGAUAGCUAACGUUAGCUGUCAGCCGGGUUCAGUCAUUGUGCAGGGAUGGAGGUGACACGCCAAAAUUAUAAAGACAGUUUAAAGACUGUGUACAGCGCGAUAGAGGAGGCUGACUUCCUUGCCAUCGAUGGAGAGUUUUCAGGAAUAAGCGAUGGUCCUAAUGUCAGUGCACUCACCAACGGGCUGGACACACCGGAGGAGAGAUACACGAAGCUUAAAAAGCACUCCAUGGACUUUCUGCUGUUCCAGUUUGGAUUAUGUACAUUCACGUACGACCAGACAAAUUCAAAGUAUAUCAUAAAGCCUUUUAAUUUUUAUGUAUUCCCGAAACCGUUCAACAGGACGUCCCCGGACUUAAAAUUCAUCUGUCAAAGUUCCAGUAUUGACUUCCUGGCCAGUCAGGGAUUUGACUUCAACAAGGUGUUCUGUAAUGGAAUCCCAUACCUAAACCAAGAAGAGGAAGCCCAGCUGAGGGAGCAGACGGAGGAGAGGAGAAAUCAACAUGCCAAUGGUAUAGGGACGCAGUCCUUCAUCUCCCCGUCCUCCAAAGGCCCCGCACACGUACCUCAGGAACACAAAGAAUACAUCAACAGGGUGAUAGGGAAGGUUGAGGCUCUCUUCACUGACUCCGUAAAGACUUUGGACUUGGAGCCAUGCACUGGGUUUCAGAGAAAGCUGAUAUACCAGACGCUGAACUGGAAGUUUCCUAAGGGACUUCAUGUGGAAACUGUGGAAACAGAAAAGAAGGAGCGAUACAUCCAGGUCAGCAAAGUAGACGAUGAGGAGAGGAAGAGGAGGGAACAGCAGAAACAGGAGAGAGAGCAGGAGGAGCUAAAUGAUGCCGUUGGCUUCUCCAGGGUCAUCCAUGCCAUCUCUAAAUCUGGUAAACUAGUGGUUGGCCACAACAUGCUGUUGGAUGUGAUGCACACCAUCCACCAGUUCUACUGCCCUCUGCCAGAGGAUCUUCAAGACUUUAAAGAGGUCACAAUGUGUGUCUUCCCAAGACUUCUGGACACAAAGUUGAUGGCUUCCACUCAGCCUUUUAAGGAGCUGAUCACGAACACGUCUCUGGCAGAGUUGGAGAAACGGGUGAAAGAGGGCCCCUUCAAGUCGCCACAAGUUGAAACUGCGGCGGGGUUCCACAGUUAUAACACAGCCCAGGAACAGCUCCACGAGGCUGGGUACGACGCCUACAUCACUGGCCUCUGUUUCAUCUCAAUGGCCAACUACCUGGGCUCUUUUCUGACUCCCCCCAAACCGUACAUCUCUGCUCGCUCCAAACUUAUUGAUCCUUUCUUCAACAAGCUUUUCCUGAUGAGGAUAAUCGAUAUUCCCUACCUCAACCUCACGGGACCAGAUUUGCAACCUAAAAGGGACCAUGUCCUGUAUGUCACCUUCCCAAAAGAAUGGAAGACUAGUGACCUCUACCAGCUCUUUAGUGCCUUUGGAAACAUCCAGGUUUCCUGGAUAGACGACAUGUCAGCAUUUGUGUCCCUAAGUCAGACGGACCAGGUACAGAUAGCGAUGAACACCAGCCGCUAUGCAGAGAGUUACAGGAUCCAGACUUAUGCAGAGUACAUCAAGGGGAGGCUGCAGGACAAGGACAAGGUCGAUCACACACCCAAAAGUUGGGGAGAGGACGGCUGGAUGAAGCCUUCUUUCACCCCCGCUACGUCUGCUGGUUUUGGAUAUCCGAGGGGUUUGAGGAAACGCAGCAUCAGUCCCGUUCAGGGAGAGCUGGGGGCCGGAGAGCCUCCAAUUACAGACGGCUGGAGUAACUACUCGUACCCGGAUAGCACAGGCAGCAAGAAGAUGAAAACUGAUGACAAAAGUGGACAGGCCAAUGCAGAAGCGAUCGAGAGCAAGACCUCAGAAGGAUGGCUAAAGACGGCAGAUGCAUCAGAUUCGGCGGGGUCGAGUCCCAUCCCUGAUGAGGACAGUCCUGAAGGCAACGACACAGAGGGGACGAUCACCUGGCAACAAGCCCCGACAGUCCAAGGGAGGAAAGGUCAAAAGAACAAGAAAAAGUCUAAAGAGACUGAAUCUACAACGUCGCUGUUUGAAGUCCCAGAAGUCUGGUAGCGAGACGUGAGGAGUGGAGAGGCCGAUGUCCCACGAUGAGCUCCUGCUCAGAGUCUCUUCCUCAGCACUUGGGGGGGCGCUCUGCUGUACAUCGAUGAGUGGCGCGCGCCCUAAAUUAAUCUUUUCAUUCAACAGCUGUGAAUCCCGUGUCCAACGCUACCAGCCGAGCUUCUUGACUGAACAAAGAACACAAGCCAUAACGACAGCUGCCAUAUUUUGAUCUAAUGUCAGAGGAGCGGGAAACUCUUCUGGGUAAACGCACACAUUCUUCACUAUAAUCUUAAAGUCUGAACUCCAGAAAUGUUCAUUUAUUCUGUGUCGAGGCUUGACUCUGCCACCUCAGCUGUGCUGUCACUAUGAAAUCCUUCAUUUUUAAAGACGCUCACCUCCCAUCAGUCUUAUAUUUUGUGUGUGUGCAUGUGAGGGGGAUGUACACUUUCUGCAGUCUUUGUUACCCUCUGACUCCGUUUCAUACAUCGGGAGAUAAAAUGCCACCGACAGGUUCUGUAGUUUACAAUGUCUGGGCUAUUUAGUAUUUUAAUGCAGUCAAUUAUAUUCUUUUUCUGUUUUAAAAGGUUCUGUCAUCUUCCCCAGUUUUAUGAACAUGUAUAAGCUUAUCAAUGACAAUGUGAUUAUUAUUGGUGGCACUUUGAUCCUUCAUGAGAGGUGCUUUGGUUCCUUUUUGUACAGAAUUGUUGUCCUUUACCCUUUUUUUGUGUUCAAUGUUUUGUAACUGUCGACCUGCAACAAUGUCAAAGUAUGUUCUGGUGUAAACGUUAAGAAGACGUAUACCUUUUUGUAUAACAAAGUUUAAAAAAAUACUUAAAAUAUUUCCUUGGAAAGGGAAAAAAUUAAAGACUGUUUCUUAGUA